AUGGACUCCACCAAAGACCCCCACGUGAAGGCCUUCGGUGGAGUCAGCGACUAUCUCAACUAUGAGAUCAUCAUAGAACAUUACAACUUCACGGGGAAGCUCAAUGAAAAGGCGGACACCGGGAUCAAAGCAAGUUCUGCGGUCUUCAUCAUCAUCUGUUGCUUCAUCAUCCUGGAGAACAUCUUUGUCCUUCUGACCAUCUGGAAAACAAAGAAGUUCCACAGGCCUAUGUACUAUUUCAUUGGCAACUUGGCACUCUCUGACUUGCUGGCCGGGGUGGCUUAUGUUGCCAAUCUCUUACUGUCUGGACACAAGACCUACACCCUCACCCCUGCCCAGUGGUUUCUUAGGGAAGGGAGCAUGUUUGUGGCGUUGUCCGCCUCUGUGUUCAGCCUCCUGGCCAUCGCCAUUGAGAGAUACAUUACAAUGUUGAAGAUGAAGCUUCACAACAGCAGCAACAGUUCCCGUUCUUUCCUCUUGAUCAGUGCCUGCUGGGUCAUCUCUGUGAUAUUAGGAGGUCUCCCCAUUAUGGGCUGGAACUGCAUCCAACGUCUACAAAGCUGUUCCACCGUGUUGCCCCUCUACCACAAGUAUUAUAUCCUCUUCUGCACCUCGGUGUUCACGGGCCUCUUGUUGUCUAUCGUGGUUCUUUACUGCAGGAUCUACAUCUUGGUAAGGACCAAGAGCCGUCAGCUGACUUUCCGGAAGAACAUGGCCAAAGCCACCAGGAGCUCUGAGAAGUCUCUAGCUCUGCUCAAGACGGUGAUCAUUGUUUUAAGUGUGUUCAUUAUCUGCUGGGCUCCUUUGUUCAUUCUCCUCUUACUGGACGUGCGGUGCAAAGUCCGGACUUGCCCAGUUCUCCUCAAGGCCGAAUAUUUCUUAGUACUGGCGGUUCUCAACUCGGCCACUAACCCGAUCAUCUACACGCUAACGAACAAGGAGAUGCGGCGAGCUUUUGUCAAGAUUAUGUCAUGCUGCAAAUGUCCCACUGCAGACUCCAGGACCAAAUUCAAGAGGCCCAUCAUUGGGGGAAUUGAGUUCAGCCGAAGCAGAUCCGACAACUCCUCCCACCCGCAGAAAGACGAGGGGGACUCUCCAGAAACUAUUGUGUCUUCGGGUAAUGUCACCUCGUCAUCGUAG